UUGUAUUCCAAAACUAUUUAAUAUUUAUCCAUUAGUAUCUACUAAAUAGAUAAGCAAAAACUACUAUAAGAAAAUGCCUUUGAAAGAUCUUUUAGAAAAGUACAAAAGACAAUUGAAGAAUGAUGCGGUGUUGGCAAAUGUUGUUGCGCAGGGCGGCCAGAAACUCAGUUUUGAUUCUCAAUUUCGGGAAAGUGCUUCACAAUGCGUUAGAGACCGCGACUUGCAUAGCGCAUAUGACUAUCGAAAUGGUGAAAUAUUGGAUCUUACUCCGGAUUUUCUUAGUAACCAAGAUGAAUUGAAACCAUUCCAAGAUAUAUAUAGGAGACUCAGGGAACAUAAUCUAAUGACCACAGUUACAAGAGAUGUACCGAAGAGGUAUGAAGGUAUAUUGCCAGGCCAAGCAAUGGUGCACAUUGGUGCAACUAUGGAGGAUAUCGUCGAAUCUGUGGGCAUUGAACCAUUACGAUUAAACGUCAAGGGAAGUGAACUCAGUAUCUUAUCAGAUUCAUCAACUAUACUGAAGACAACAUAUAUUACGCCCUCAUAUGUUAAAGUUAAACUAACACUUACGGAAGAAUUUAUCUUCUUUGAACAGAGAAGUUCUACGGUACCAAAGCACACAGAACAAGCUGAUAUUGUAGAGAAUGAUAAUCGAAACUAUGACUAUUUAACUGUAGGUAAAGGUAGAAUUCGAAGACGUACAGAUACUGAAGCACAAACUAAUUAUAUUCUGAAAAAAUCUCGAUUUACAAGUACAAGAGUGAAAAAAACUGCACGAAAACCUGCAUAUGUUUCGUAUUAUGAAAUGUACGAUACUUACAAGGCAUUAGAGGAAGAGAAGCAUUCGUUGUAUCUUAGUUUAGAUCAAACAGAAGUGCUAACUAUGUGCGUAAGAUCAAAAGAGGAACAGACUAGAAUUAUAAUGAAAAUGCCGCAUUUUAAGGAGGCAAAUAUGUUAAUGAAUCGCCUACUGGCGAGCAAUCAACAUGAGAUGGGAUUACGUCGUUAUCGUGGUAUGGAAUUGCCUAGCCGUUUGGAUAAGGAACAUGAAUUAAAGUACAAAAUUGAAAUACUCUUUGAGUUUCCUCAACCAGGAAAUUUACGUAGAUCUAUGGCUGAUAUUGAUUUCUGUCCAUCAAAUGGCGAUAUCUUUGCAGUUGCUUAUGGUAUUUUCUCCUUUUCAGCAUCAACUGUUCCCAAAUCUGGGCAGGUAUGCAUUUGGAGCGUUAAAAAUCCAGAAAACCCUGAACGUAUAUACAAUUAUCCGUUACCUUGUACUGCUGUUAAAUUUUCACAAUUUUUGCCUUCUUUAAUUGCUAUCGGCUUAUACGAUGGUAAUGUGGAAGUGCGUGAUAUAACUUUUCCUGAUAUGCCUCCAGUCAGUGUUUCCAAUCCUGAAACAUUAAGUGGCUGUGAAAGUAUUGUGACAAUUAGAUGGAUUAAGAAAAAUGAGACAGAUGGUAGUGAUGGCAUUGACCCAUUUUUAUCACUUGCACAAGAUGGUUGCGUUACGAAAUUUCGUAUUGUUAGUGGACCAUAUCUUAUAUCAUAUGCUCAAAUGAUAUUGGAACGUGUAGAGGGUAAGGUUGAAGGAAUUCAAAUUCGAGAACCAAGAGAUGCUAUACAAUUUUCAAGUCAAAGUCCACAGGGCUUAAAUUUAACUGUACACCCAACAGCAGCUGAUAUUUACUAUAUAAUGACAGACGAGGGUUGUAUAUAUAAGUGCUCAACAAGCUAUGCACAUCAGUAUUUAGAUGUUAUUCGAGCACAUAGGAGCGCAGUUAAUAUGUUGGAUUUUUCACCAUGGUCACCAAAGGUGUAUCUUACUUGCGGAAACGAUUGGUGCAUACGUGUUUGGGUUGAGGGUAUCUAUAAACCACUUAUAACACUUAAAGAUCAGUUUACGCCAUUAAACUGUGCUUAUUGGAGUCGCACACACUCCACAAUCAUCAUUGCUAUAAAUCGAAAAACAGUGGAUAUAUGGGAUAUACGCCGUAAUUUACUGAAACCAAUAUCAUCCACAAAUUUGCAAAGCUCCUUCCAAACAACGGCAAAAAUAGCCAAAUGUGGGCAUUCAAUUGCGGUGGGUAAUGAACGUGGCACUACAAUGAUGUGUCAACUGGUUGACAUGCCGUAUGAACCUCAUUUCCAAUAUGAUGAGCUGGAGAAAGCAAUUUUCAAAGCUAUUGCUCUGCACCCAGAUUUGAUAAAUGAACUUAGAAAUAUUGGAUACUUCGGUUAUAAAAAUAAAGGACAAGUUUUACCACCAUAA